AUUUAGGGGAGGAGAGGAGCUGAGGUUGAUGUGCACAGGGACAGGUUGCAGUUCUCUGGGGAUGUGCUCUCUCGGUCAGUUUGCCAGUUCCUUCCUGUCUGCAGGUUGGCCCAGAAACACGAGCUGUGAUUAACUGGAUGAGGAAGAUCCCGUUUGUGUUGAGUGCGAAUUUCCAUGGUGGCGAGAUGGUGGUGAGUUACCCGUAUGACUUGGCACGACCGACGGGGAUGCCCAAGAAACUGACCCCUACAGCCGAUGACAGUGUCUUCCGCUGGCUUUCAUUUGUCUACGCAACGAGCAAUCGCGCGAUGGCUCAGCAGGACAGGCGUGUCUGUCAUGGAGAUGACUUCAGGCAGUAUGGAGACAUUAUUAAUGGAGCGAACUGGCACACAGUGCUCGGAAGUAUGAACGACUUCAGUUACCUUCACACCAACUGUUUUGAGGUCACUGUGGAGCUGAGUUGUGAUAAAUACCCCCACCAGAUUGAACUUGAAGCUGAAUGGGAAAAUAACAAAGAGUCCCUGCUGAUCUACAUGGAGCAGGUUCACCGGGGUGUGAAGGGCGUGGUGAGGGAUCGUGAUAACCAUGGCAUCGAGGGAGCCAUCAUUGUCGUCAAUGGAAUUGACCAUGACAUAAGGACAGCUGUCGAUGGGGAUUACUGGCGAUUGUUGAAUCCUGGAGAUUAUGAAAUCACAGCGAAAGCAGACGGCUUCUACCCAGAGACUCAGACCUGUCGGGUUCAUUAUGAGCGACGGCCAACAAUCUGUGACUUUGUUCUGACAGCGAGACCACCCACCCUGCUCAGCAGUGAGCAGCAGCCAGUGAGCAGGGGGCAAAUGCGGUGGGUCCGCAAACCCAGAGGGAGGAGGCAAAGGCAGUGAGCACUCACACACUCUCGUAUACCCUCACACACACACACAUGUAUACUCUCGCACGCACACACACUCUCGUAUACUCUCG